AACAAAUCCAACAAUAACAUAAGAAAAACAUAAAUCUCUCUCCUGCCUUGCGUGAGUGCUUCUCUCUCAAAACGUGUUUGACUCUCCUUCCUUCUUAUUUUCCCAGAAUCCCUUUUUCGUAAAUUCCUCUCUUCUUAGGGUUCUUUUCUUAUCCUCUGCACAUUCAUUUGUAUAUAUAUCAAUCAAACUAUUCACAUAAACAAUUAUUCAAUUCUUCAAAUUAUUUUUUCCUCUGUACAAAAAAAAAACCAUUUAUAUUUAUUUAUUUUUGAGCUUCAAGCUUGUGAAAUUGAAAACCCUAAUUCCCAAAUUGAAAAAGGUUUUGGUUUAUGGCGGUUUCAACUAUAGCGUUAUACGCGAGUCCACCGAGUAGUGUGUGUUCUACACCGCAUCAGAUUAACUAUGAUUUCGAAUUAGGAUCUAGAUCUUCGUCGCCGGCGUCGACGGCUGCGUCGACGUCGGGGAAAUCGGUGAUGGGUGGUUUAUCUUGUUUGUUUUCAUCUCCGACGGUGGUGAAGCAUGUUCCGUUUACUUCGAGUUUUUCCGGUGGUGGUGGUGGUGAUGAAGAUGAAUUGAAGGAGCUGAGUAGUUCGUUUUCGUAUUCAUUUUCACCGACCAAGUUUGGUGGAUCUUGGAAGAGAGAUCAUAGUCCAGUUUCGGUUUUUCAGUGUCCUGUUUCGUGUAGUAGUAGCAUCGGUGCUGGUACCGGAACGGUUCGAUCGGGGAGGGGAAGUACUGGUGGUGGGUUUCUUGAUGGGUUUGUUAGAAGUGCUUUGGGUUCUUCUUGUUUGGAUUAUGAUUCUACUGGUGUUAGAUUACGCGGUGGUGGUGGUGAAUUUGAUGGUGUUGGUGGUGAUUCUGGAAUUGUUGAUGAGUUGACUUUUAAUUUGGAUGAUACUUUUGUGGAGGGUUGUGUUGGAAUUGAGAUUGAGCCUUAUGCUAAGAAGUUGUUGAUGAAUGCUCAGUUAAGACAUAAGAUCUUUUGUGAAGAGUUUGUUAUCAAGGCCUUUUGUGAAGCUGAGAAAGCUCAUAGAGGACAGAUGCGAGCUAGUGGCGAUCCGUAUUUGCAGCAUUGUUUGGAAACUGCUGUGUUGUUGGCUUUGAUCGGUGCGAAUUCGACUGUAGUUGCUGCAGGGCUUUUGCAUGAUACAGUUGAUGAUGCAUUUCUUACUUAUGAUUAUAUAUAUGGGAUGUUUGGGGCUGGAGUUGCGGAUUUAGUUGAAGGGGUUUCUAAACUGAGUCACUUAAGCAAGCUGGCUCGUGACAAUAAUACAGCUAGCAAAUCUGUUGAAGCUGACCGCCUGCAUACGAUGUUCCUUGCCAUGGCAGAUGCAAGAGCUGUCCUCAUUAAAUUGGCUGAUCGAUUACAUAAUAUGAUGACACUAGAUGCAUUACCGGUUGCCAAGCAGCAGAGGUUUGCAAAGGAAACUUUGGAGAUUUUUGCACCUUUGGCCAACCGCUUAGGAAUAGCUAAUUGGAAGGACCAAUUAGAAAAUUUAUGUUUUAAGCAUCUCAACCCUGUACAGCACAAAGAGCUUUCGUCAAAGCUUGUGGAAUCGUAUGAUGAUGCAAUGAUUGCUUCUGCAAUAGAAAGAUUAGAGCAAGCACUCAAAGAUGAAGGCAUUUCUUAUCAUGUCAUUUCUGGGCGGCACAAGAGCUUGUAUAGUGUUUAUUGCAAAAUAUUAAAGAAAAAACUAACCAUUGAUGAUAUCCAUGACAUUUAUGGGCUGCGCUUGAUUGUUGAUAAGGAGGAAGACUGUUACAAAGCCUUAAAAGUUGUUCACCGGUUAUGGUCUGAAGUGCAUGGAAAACUGAAAGAUUACAUACGUUUCCCCAAGUUCAAUGGUUAUCAAUCUCUGCACACUGUGGUGAUGGGUGAAGGCAAGGUUCCCCUUGAAGUACAAGUUCGAACAAAAGAUAUGCAUUUGCAAGCAGAAUUUGGAUUCGCUGCUCAUUGGAGGUACAAGGAAGAUCAUUGUCAGCUUUCUUCAUAUGUGCUUCAGAUGGUUGAGUGGGCUCGAUGGGUUGUCACCUGGCAGUGCGAAGCAAUGAGUAAAGAUUCCACUUCUGUUGGAUAUGUCGAUUCAAUCAAGCCACCUUGCAAGUUCCCUUCUCAUGCUGAUAACUGUCCAUAUUCUUACAAGCCUGAUUGCGCGCAGGAUGGACCUGUGUUUGUUAUCAUGAUUGAGAAUGACAAGAUGUCUGUCCAAGAAUUCUGUGCAAACUCAACAGUACUAGAUUUGUUGGAGAGGGUCGGGCGAGCAAGUUGUAGGUUGACAACAUAUAGGUUCCCUCUGAAGGAAGAAUUGAGGCCAAGACUGAAUCACAAGCCUGUAAGUGAUCCAAAUUGCAAGUUGAAGAUGGGAGAUGUGAUCGAGCUUACACCAGCCAUACCUGACAAAUAUCUGACCGAAUAUAGGGAAGAAAUUCAGCGAAUGUAUGAUCGCGGGCUAACUGUAUCAAGCAUGGGAAGUACUGCUACUGCAAGCAGCAUGGUUGGCACUAGUUAACCCUUGCUUGUUCUUCAAAAAUAUUCCAACAUUUGAUUUAGUCUCAGUUAUGUAUAUAGAUAAAAUCUGUACAGAACAAAAAAAUAUGUAAUUAUAAACUUGCUAACUUGAUUCAAUUAUGCUGAAUGAUUGAUUUAUGUAGUUGGGCCAGUUAUUUAAGUUCUAUUUUGUGAGUA